AUGAAUGACCUGCUGAAGGUGCCCCUGGUGCACGUCCUCACCCUGGCAGCCUUCAGCUUGGCUGAGACACUUCUGAAAGCUCCCUUGAUCAGCACUCCUCUGGAAACAGUGGAUGCCCUGGUAGAAGACGUUGCCACGUUUGUCUGUGUAGUGGAGUCAUAUCCUGAGCCAGAGAUUACAUGGACACGCAACAGCAUUCCCAUCAGGCUGUUUGACACACGGUACAGCAUCCAGAGGAACGGGCAGCUGCUCACCAUCCUGAGCGUGGAGGACAGUGACGAUGGAGUGUACUGCUGCACAGCAGAGAACGGAGUUGGAGCAGCUGCACAGAGCUGUGGGGCUCUCCAGGUGAAAAUGCGACCCAAAAUAACCCGCCCACCUAUAAAUGUGGAAAUAAUAGAAGGGCUAAAGGCUGUUCUUCCAUGCACUACAAUGGGGAAUCCAAAACCUUCUGUUUCAUGGGUCAAAGGAGAAACAGUUGUAAAGGAGACUGCUCGCAUUGCUGUCCUUGAUUCUGGGAAUUUAAGGAUACACAAUGUUCAGAGAGAAGAUGCAGGACAGUAUCGUUGUGUAGCCAAGAACAGUUUGGGCACAGCCUAUUCGAAACCUGCAACUGUGGUGGUGGAAGUGUUUGCCAGAAUCCUGAAGGCUCCUGAAUCCCAAAACAUCACCUUUGGGUCUGUGGUGACAUUGCGGUGCACAGCGACAGGUCUUCCAGUCCCUACUGUCACCUGGCUGGAAAACGGGAAAGCUGUUUCUGCGGGGUCCAUAGCAGAAAGUGUCAAGGACAGAGUGGUUGAUUCCAGACUGCAGGUGUAUGUCACCCGACCUGGCCUGUUCACUUGUCUUGCCACAAACAAGCACAGCAAAACUUUUGGAGCCGCAAAAGCAGCAGCAACCAUCAGCAUUUCAGAAUGGAGCAAGUUGUACAAGGGUGACACAGGCUACUGCAGCACAUACAGAGGUGAGGUGUGUAGUGCUAUCUUGGCGAAGAAUGCUCUUGUUUUCUUCAACUCCUCGUAUGCUGAUCCAGAGGAGACCCAAGAGCUGCUUGUGCACACUGCCUGGACUGAACUGAAAAUGGUGAGUUCAUUCUGCCAACCGGCUGCUGAGUCUCUGCUGUGUAACUACAUCUUCCAGGAGUGCAAUCCCUCGGGAGCUGGGCCAGCUCCAAAACCAGUGUGCAGAGAGAAUUGCCUUGCUGUAAAGGAUCUCUACUGCUUUAAGGAAUGGCUCUCAAUGGAGGAGAACUCUCAGAAGGGGAUUUACAAGCCAGGACUGAUGCUGCUCACUCUUCCUGAAUGCAACAGGUUGCCCAGCCUUCACCAGAAUCCCAGCUCCUGCACCCGUAUCCCUUUCUUUGAUUUUAAGAAGGAGAACAUAACCACAUUGUUACCACUGGGAACAAGAAAACCAAACGGACAGACUCUAAAUCUUCCCCCUCCUCCUCCAUUUUCCCCUACGUACUCCAUGACCGUUAUCAUCUCAAUCAUCUCCAGCUUUGCUCUGAUCGUGAUCUUUGGCAUUAUCACCCUGGUUUGCUGCCGUCGUCGAAAACAGUGGAAAAACAAAAAAAGAGAGUCAGAGACACCAACUCUCACCACUCUGCCCUCCGAACUGCUCCUGGACCGGCUGCACCCCAACCCAAUGUACCAGCGCAUGCCUCUUCUCCUCAAUCCAAAAUUACUAAGCCUGGAGUAUCCCAGGAACAAUAUUGAAUAUGUGAGAGAUAUUGGGGAGGGAGCAUUUGGGAGAGUCUUCCAGGCCAGGGCCCCAGGGCUGCUGCCAUAUGAACCUUUCACCAUGGUAGCAGUGAAAAUGCUGAAGGAGGAAGCAUCUGCAGACAUGCAGGCCGACUUUCAAAGGGAAGCAGCUCUCAUGGCAGAGUUUGACAAUCCGAAUAUCGUCAAGCUUUUAGGCGUGUGUGCAGUUGGGAAGCCGAUGUGCCUGCUGUUCGAGUACAUGGCCUAUGGGGAUCUGAACGAGUACCUGCGUGACCGCUCUCCCCGCAACCUCUGCAGCCUGGCUCAGGGCAGCCUGGACACGAGGCUUGGCCUCCCCAACCCCCUGGCGCUGUGCUGCACCAGCCAGCUCUGCAUUGCCAAGCAGGUCGCUGCCGGCAUGGCGUACCUCUCCGAGCGCAAGUUUGUCCACCGGGACUUGGCCACCAGGAACUGCCUGGUGGGGGAGAACAUGGUGGUGAAAAUUGCCGAUUUUGGUCUCUCGAGGAACAUGUAUUCGGCUGACUAUUACAAAGCAAAUGAGAACGAUGCCAUCCCCAUCCGCUGGAUGCCCCCCGAGUCCAUUUUCUACAACCGCUACACCACAGAGUCGGAUGUGUGGGCCUACGGAGUGGUGCUGUGGGAGAUCUUCUCCUAUGGCAUGCAGCCUUACUACGGGAUGGCUCACGAGGAGGUCAUCUACUACGUGAGGGAUGGGAAUGUCCUCUCCUGCCCAGACAACUGUCCCCUGGAGCUCUACAACCUGAUGCGUCUCUGCUGGAGCAAGCUGCCUGCUGACCGGCCAGGCUUUGCCAGCAUCCACCGCAUCUUGGAGCGCAUGUACGAGAGGGCCGUGGCCAACAUGUCUGUCUGAAGGAUGCCUUUCCUUCCUUGUCUCCUCUGUCCACCUAUCCAGACUGACUUGGGUCAGUCUAUGAGCUCCUGAGUGAUGGUUACUUCACAAAAUGUCCCACUCAGGGAGGAGAAACAGCUUGUUCCGAUGCCAAGCAAGAAAUACAGACUGUACCCCCUGAUGCACCUUCUUGAGUGGGACUGUACCUCCCAAACAGCAGGGCUGACCUUUAGCCACCACGACUGGACUCCUCAGGUUGGUGAGAGUGCUGGUCGUGCUGACUCAGUGCUUUUAUUUAGCAUUUCCAGGAGCACAGAGUUGCCCAGGGAAGGCAAACCAGUGUUUCUUUCUAACCACUGUUUCUUCCCUUCCUAACAGACGUCACCAUGCCCUUCUGCAUUUACACUCUUGGCUUUUACCUCUUUUUCCCCCUUCUCUUAUGUUUUCAAGUAUUAUUUAAAAAAAAAGAUUGCAGAGGUCAAUCUUCUUUUGGGGAUACUCUUUAUUAUUUUAUUUUUGCAUACUGUUUACUAUUUUGUUUUUGCAUACUCAGUCCUUUUUGCAGAAAAAGGAUGUUUCUGAAGCCAUAGGCCACUUUUGUCUUCCUUUUAUCUUCCAUUCUCUCUCAUUACAAUAACACUGACAGAGUCAAAAUAGGAGCCUGCUGGACCACUGGCAGCCACCUGCA